CAUUUAGGUGGAAUAGGAAGAAGUCUGAAAAGCCGAAUUUACGAUUCAUGUGUGCUUUUCGCAAAGGAGGUUCUGAUCCAGAUUCAAUCCAGAUAAGGAGUUUGUGAGCAUAUUCUGACAGAUUCUGUCAUGGAAGGGUCCAGUGCUGCUUGUUCUGCUUAUCACUCGACAGAAUCAGACCUGCUGGAGGAGACUGAAGAUGUACAGCAGGAUUCUCAGUCAGUGGAUGAUGUUCUGCAUAGAGUCAAAGACAAACACAAAACCAUCAUGAAGAACAAGUAUGAGAGUUUAUUUGAGGGAAUCAAACGACAAGAGGAUCAAACCCCCCUGAUCAGAAUUUACACGCAGUUGUACAUCAUAAAGGAAGAAAGUGAAGGAGCGAAUGAUGAACAUGAGGUUUUACAGAUGGAGAAAAAGCCCAGAAGGACACAACACUCACAAGACACUCCAAUCUACUGCAAUGACAUCUUUCAACCUGUACCUGUACCUCAAGCAUAUCAAAGAGACAAAAUCAAGACUGUACUUACUAAAGGCAUCGCUGGAAUUGGAAAAACCAUCUCUGUGCAGAAGUUUAUUCUGGACUGGGCCGAGGGAAAAGCCAAUCAUGAUGUAGAUUUCUUGUUUAUGCUUCCAUUUCGAGAGCUGAACUUAAUUCAAGAUCAGUCCAGUCUUCACAGACUUCUGAUGGUUUUUCAUCCUGAACUUCAAGAUCUGGACCCAAAGAUUUAUGAGGAGUGUAAAGUUGUGUUCAUCUUUGAUGGUCUGGAUGAAAGCAGAAUCCCACUGAUGUUUUCAGAUAAUCAGAAGGUAUCUGAUGUGACUGAGAUUUCAUCAGUGGGUGUGCUGAUGUCAAAUCUCCUGAAAGGAGAGCUGCUUCCUUCUGCUUUUAUCUGGAUCACUGCCAGACCAGCAGCAGCCAAUCAGAUCCCCCCCAAAUACAUCAACCGUCUGACAGAAAUUCAGGGAUUCAAUGAGCAUCAGAAGGAAGAAUAUUUCAGGAAGAGAAUCAGUGACCAGCAUCAAGCCAGCAGAAUCAUCUCACACAUCAGAAGAGCAAGAAGCCUCCACAUCAUGUGCCACAUUCCCGUCUUCUGCUGGAUCUCAUCCAUUGUGCUUCAGAAGCUCCUUAAAGAAGAUGUGAGUGCAGAAGUCCCUCAAACUCUGACUGAAAUGUACAUCCACUUCCUGCUGAUUCAGAUCAACAUGAGGAAUCAGAAGAAUGAAGAAAGAGAUCCAGAGAAACUCCUGCAGUCCAACAGAGAAGUGAUUGAGAAACUUGCUGAAGUGGCUUUCAAACAGCUGAUGAAGGGAAAUGUGAUGUUCUACGAAGAGGACCUGAUUGAGAGUGGCAUAGACGUAACUGAUACCUCAAUGUAUUCUUGGAUUUGCACUGAGAUCUUUAAGGAGGAAUCUGUGAUUCAUCAGAGGAAAGUCUACAGCUUCCUUCAUCUGAGCAUUCAAGAGUUUCUCGCAGCUUUUUAUGUGUUUCACUACUAUGUAAAUACAGCUGCAGAAGCACUAAAAAUGUUUGCUGCUCUUCAUAAUUUGCUUGAAGUAGCAGUAGAAGAAUCCAUUCAAAAUAAAACUGUACAUCUGGAUCUUUUCCUGCGAUUUGUGCUGGGCAUCUCACUGGAGUCCAAUCAGAGACUCUUACAGGAUCUACUAACCCACACAGUGGACACCUCACAAACCAUCAGAGAAACAACACAGUACAUUAAAAAUAAAAUUAAACAGGAUCAUCUCUCUACUGAAAGAUGCAUCAAUCUGUUUCUGUGUCUUCUUGAAGUGAAUGAUCAGACAUUGUACAGAGAGAUUGAGGAGUUUGUGAGAUCAAAACAUUCAGAGAAGAAACUCUCUGCUGCUUACUGUUCAGCAAUAGCCUACAUGCUUCAGUUGUCAGACGUGAUUGAUGAGUUUGAUCUGAAGAAAUACAACACAACACAGGAGGGUACAAGAAGACUCAUACCAUCUAUCAACAACUGUAGAAAGGCUCUACUUGCUCAUUGUAAUCUCACAGAUGAGUCCUGUAAAAUCAUCGCUUCAGCUCUUCAGUCCUCAGAGUCUCCUUUGAUAGAGCUUGAUUUGAGUAACAAUGAUCUGCAGGAUUCAGGAGUGAAGCUGAUCGCUGAUGCUCUCAAGAACCCAAACUGUCAACUACAAAUACUGAGAUUAUCAGGCUGUAUGGUGACAGAUGAGGGAUGUUGUUAUUUGGCUUCAGCUUUGAGUUCAAAGCCAUUACACCUGAGAGAGCUGGACUUGAGCUAUAAUCACCCAGAACACUCAGCCCUUCAGCUGCACUCUUAUCAAAAUGAUCCAGAUUAUGCACUGAAGAUACUCAAUCUGGACCACAGUGGACAAUUCAGAAUCAUAGCAGGACUAAAAAAAUAUGCCUGUACUCUUACGCUAGAUCCAAACACAGCAAACACUCACCUCAUACUGUCUGAUAACAACAGAAAGGUGACACGUGUGGAAGAACAGCAGUUGUAUCCUGAUCAUCCAGACAGAUUUGAUAAUGUUCCUCAGGUUCUGUGUCGAGAGAGUCUGAGUGGACGCUGUUACUGGGAGGCUGAAUGGAGCAGCUGGGGACAUAUAGCACUGGUAUAUAGAGGAAUCAACAGAAAAGGAAGUAGUGACUCUUGGUUUGGACUUAAUAAAAAUAACUGGAAUCUUUACUGGAAUAGCAGCCUUAACAAGUAUACUGUCUGGCACAAUAAUAAGAAAACAGACAUAUCUGCUCCUUCACCUCCAUCUAAUAGAGUAGGGGUGUAUGUGGACGUGUUGGUCGGCACUCUGUCCUUCUACAGCGUCUCUGACACACACACACUUACACACUUAUACACAUUCAACACAACAUUCACUAAACCUCUAUAUGCUGGAUUUAAAGUGUAUUCCAACUCCUCAGUGUCUCUGUUGGAAUAAGAAACAACCACAUGCUUAUUCAACAGCAUAUUCACUGAACCCCUUCAUGCUGGACUCUUCAUUGACAUUGUACAUCUUCCUCCUUACAAUGAACUACAGCAUUUCUGUCCUUGCGAUUAGAAAUGCUCUUUCUGUGUUUGUCUCUGUUGACUUCAUCUCCAGCAACUGCAAAACAACAAAGUAAUAGCCUAUUUAAGACAGGUUAUAGGUUAAGUUACAUCAUGUCAAUUUGUAAACUUACUGUUUUUUGUCUCUCUUUCACUUUUUUUGCCGCAAUUUUUUGCCUUGAUUAGGUGUUUCAGCUGGGCCUUCCCGGGCCUUCUCUUCCUCAUAGCCUCAUUCUAAAUUUGCAGGAUACCUGCAAGGCAUAAAAUAUGUUUAGUAAUGGAAAAUAUUUAAUUGGAUAGGUAAAACAAUACAAAAAUGGAUAUUAAAAGAUUGAAACAACCUUCAAUCUUCCUUCAAUGAACGUUUGUUACCGUUUAUAAUCUUUGAAGAUGAGUUGACCCAAUCUUGCGUGUAGGAUACUAUGGGAAGAAACAAAUGUAUAAAUAUACAGUAUAAAUAUAGUUUUGACAUUGAAAAUAUUAGUUGUCAGAAAUAUAGGUAAUUAAUCUUACCUUGAUUGUGUAUGAUGUUGAGGUGGAUUCUUCUCAGAACUGUGCAGUCUUGCAAAUGUUUGAGUCUGUAGUCUGUCCUCAAGAAUUGUGACCGACCAGAGAUCAGUUUAAUCACAAAAGUCUUUGCAGCAGGGGGUGGGGUGCAGUGUAUGUGUGUGUUUGUGGAGGUGGGAGGGGAUCAUUUAUGAAGAGUUUAGAUACAUGAGAGACCAGGGCUGU